UGUCAAAUAAACGUCAAAUUUGACUUUUACAACUACUGUCCAAGGGUAUUUAUAUUACAGGAAAAGUUUUUUUUAUACACCAAUGCAAGAAAAUUUAUAAUUCUGCAAAAAAAUAUUUACAAUAUUAUACAUUUUAUACGAUGAGAGAUCCACCCAAAAAUUUGGGCAUUACUGUAACUACUCCUGGCAGUACUGUUACCUCGGGAGCACCAUCUACCUCAGGAAGACAAAAUAGUUUGGAAGAUAUAAACCUGGAUCAAUUUUUGAAAACAUCGAAUUACGAGGACACCGUAAAACAAUUGGAUAUUUAUUAUGGCAUUGUUAAACGACAAUUGUUACGUUUUCAAAGUCCCAUAACUGGAUUAUUUCCCGUUAUGAGUACUGAUCAUGAAAUUGGUUCCGUCCGCGACAGUGUCUAUUGUGCUGCUGCCGUAUGGAGUUUGUAUCAAGCCUAUCGGCGUAUAGAUGAUGAUCGUGGAAAAUCUUAUGAACUAGGCCAAUCUACUGUUAAAUGUAUGCGUGGCAUAUUGGAAUGUUGGAUUAAACAAGCGCCACGGGUUGAACUAUUCAAACAGAGACAGUCCAAUCAGCACGCAUUACAUAGUAAAUUUCAUCUGCACACGGGAGAAGAAAUAUAUUCGGAUGAUUUUUAUAACCAUUUACAAAUUGAUGUGGUCUCUCUUUAUAUAAUAUUUUUGGUGCAAAUGAUCACAUCAGGUUUACAAAUUAUAUAUACACAGGAUGAAGUGGCGUUUGUUCAAAAUUUAGUUUAUUAUGUUGAGCGUGCUUAUCGCACACCAGAUUUUGGUAUGUGGGAACGUGGUUCUAAAUAUAACAAUGGUACUCCCGAAAUACAUGCUUCCUCAAUUGGUAUGGCCAAAUCGGCUUUGGAAGCUAUUAACGGUUGUAAUUUGUUUGGUGAGAAGGGUGCUUCCUGGAGUGUUGUCUAUGUUGAUAUCGAUGCCCACAAUCGUAAUCGCAGUAUUUUUGAAACUAUGCUUCCUAGAGAAUCCAGUUCAAAGGGCGUUGAUGCUUCUCUAUUACUUACCUUAUCGUUCCCAGCGUUUGCUUCACAUGAAGACAGUUUAGUGGACCAAACCAAACAGAAUGUUAUAAAUCGUUUGCGUGGCAGAAAAGGUUUCAAGCGCUUCAGUCGUGAUGGUUUCUUGAGUAAAGUAGAGGAUAAAACUAGAAGGUACUAUCAUACAGGUGAAUUAAAGGAUUUUGAGGGUUUUGAAUGUGAAUGGCCGCUACUUUUCAUCGAAAUGAUAAUUGAUGGUGUGUUUAAAAAUAACAAUGAACAAAUUGAGGAAUAUCAAAAUGAGCUCAGAAAAUGUAUGUACGCUGACUCCUAUGGCGAUCCAGUGGUAACCAUGUAUUAUGCACCAGACGGUGAGGGUUCCUAUUUAAAAGCACCCACUCAAACGCUCUUCCUAUGGGGUCAAUCUAUGUUUAUAAUAGCCCAGCUUUUAACAGCCGGCCUAUUGCAUAUUAAUGAAUUAGACCCAAUACGUCGUUAUUUGCCCAGUUAUAAUAGACCUCGGCGAGCCGGUCGUUAUUCUGCUUUCCAGGGAAAAGCCUUCGAUGAAAAACACAACGCUAAACCUGGCACUGGUACUGCUACGGAUUUGGUAGUACAAAUUGUUUUAAUUGCUGAAUCUAUGCGUCUACAAGCUAUGAUGGCUACUUAUGGUAUACAAACUCAAACACCACAUGAAGUUGAACCCGUACAAAUUUGGUCUUCAACUGAACUGAUUAAAGUGUAUCAACAUUUGGGAGUGAAUAACAAAAUUGGUCUCUCCGGUCGUCCUUCAAGACCUGUAGGUUCUUUGGGCACUAGCAAAGUGUAUCGUAUUUGUGGCAUGACCGUACUCUGUUAUCCUUUGAUUUUCGAAGUAUCUGAUUUUUAUCUGUAUCGUGAUAUGGCUUUAUUGAUUGAUGACAUCAAAACGGAAUUACAAUUUGUGGGUAAAUAUUGGCGUUUAUCUGGUAGACCUACGGUGUGCCUGUUAAUACGCGAGGAACAUAUGCGUGAUCCUCAGUUUAAAGAAAUGUUGGAUUUAUUAGCCAUGCUUAAGAAGGGCUACUGCGAUGGCAUGAAAGUACGUAUAGGCCGAUUGCAAAAUUUAAUAAGUAGUUCUUGCAUGGAACAUCUGGAUUUUAUGAAUCAAAAUGAUUUAUCGGAUGAAGAAAAUGCUUUUGCUCAAAUCAAUCAUGAGUAUAUUGGCUAUCAAUCGUUAACAGAUGUACCUAAGGCCCAAACAUAUACAGAAGAAAAAAUAACAGUCGAGCACUAUAGUAACAAACCAACACAUGAAAUUAUCGAUGCCCUACGCAGUACUGAAUCUCUCUUCUGUCUCUGUCAACUUUGGGGCAUAUUGUUGAAUCGUGAGGAUUCUAAUUUUGAAGUGAACGGGCUGUCAGUUCACCAAGCUUUAACACAGUUGUAUCAUCGUGCUGGUUCCUUACGUUAUUGGCGUGCCGUACGCUAUUGUUCUUCUCUACUGCAUCACAUUGUUGACUCUAUUAGCCCUUUUAUUACCACUGUUCUGGUUAAUGGCAAAGAAUUGACUGUUGGCGUUAUUGGACAAAAGGAAACAGUAUUUGAUAAACCUAUGACACCGGCUGAAAUACGUGAUGUUAUGUAUAAUAGCGUCCAACCUUAUAAUGUUAUACAAGCUGUAUUACAACAAGAAGUUGUGCUAUAUUGUGGACGUCUAAUCGCCACUAAUCCCUCUAUGUUUAGAGGUAUUUUAAAGAUUCGUAUUGGUUGGGUUUUGGAAGCCAUGCGUAUUUAUCUGCAAAUCUCUGGGCAGGAAUCUAUAGAUGUAGAUAAUUUGUCACCCUUUCAAGUACGCAUCUUAUUACAAAAGGUUCUGACUGUCAGUGAGUGGGCCACAGAAGAAAGACUUACAACUUUACAAAAACGCCAACUGGAGGGUUGUUUAUGCAGAGUACCCAAAAACUUUUAUAACAAAAUUUGGGAAAUUUUACUCAGAACACCUUUGGGCAUAACCACACAAGGACAUUUAUUGCCAGCCUCACCUACCUUGAUUAACAUGAGCCGAGGUGAAUUAAACUUUUCGCUUUUAGUCGAAGAGACAUUAAUUUGUAUAGAGAAACCCGAAAGACGACAAAUAACUGUGGAAUUAUUAUGUAUUAUUGCAACAAUCUUAAGCAGAAAUCCUGAACUACACUUCAAGCAUGCUUUAGACUUGGAUGAGAUAUUAUUGGAAGCCUUUUUAAUGUAUUGCAAGGAUAAUAAUAUACAAGAUCAUAACAACGACAUGACACCAUUUUAUGCCUUGGUGUAUAAUGAAACCACCGGCUAUUUAGCUAGAGCUGCAGUGAAUAAAGUUUUACAAGGCGGUGCCUUUUCGACACAAGGUGAUGAAUUUACUGAUGAAAAUUUACAUGAUGAAACCUGUAAAGUCUCGUAAUUUUCUUUUAAUUUCUGUAGUUAUUUUAUGGUUAUUAUUUUUUUAUAACUCAACUAGAAUUUAAAUUUAUAACCCACCCCUUAACUUAUCUUAACCAUGACAGCAAUGCUCUUCUAUAAUGACAUUGAAAUUUAUGAAUUUAUUUUCUUUCUUUUUUCACAAUUAUUGUUCAACUUUUUUAGUUCCUUUUUGUUUUCCUCGAAAAUUUUUCUCAUCUAUUUCUCGAAACUUCUACUCUCUUAACACUUAAAUAAAUGUUUAUUAGCUAAGUUAUAUUACAAUGGAAUAAAAUUAAAUAUAUGUAUGUACAUCUUUAUUGUUUAUAAAUAAAAAAAAAAGAAAAAAACUAUAUGAAAAUCUAAAAAAAGAAA